UGCCGAAGAGUUGUAUAAAAUACACAAGGUUUAAAUUUUGUAACGUAAUAAGCCUGAUUUAAACUGAUUUAAACGGUGUUUUAAAUAAACAUAAUAUCGGAAUGACCGUAUCUACUAUGGCGUGUAAUCUCUUUGGACGUGAGGGAGUAAAAUGCUGCAAUUUUACGGCCGAAAUUCGCUUGGAUCAGAAAUUAUGCCGUUGCCAGAUUUCGCGAUAGCAAAUUUACGGGUUUGCAAGCCAGGGGCUGCGAAUUCAAUUGCUUGAAUAUUUUCUAUGGCCUCGAGGAUUCCUUUGGCAAACGAGAACUCCCAUGGGGGAGCAAAAAAGGUCCAAAAUCAGCAGGGCGGAUCGAGUAAUUUGUGGGGAAACCAGGAUGAAAUGAGGCGAUAUGUUUCCAAGCUCAAAUCUGAACUAGCUGAGCAAAAGAAUCGGGUAAAGAGGGUGCAUCGCGACAAAUCCGAAGAAAUCAAACGACUCCAAGAGAAUUUAGAUCACGAGAAGCAGAAAGCUAUCGAGAAUGUCUCCAAGAAACUAGAAAGCGAUAAAGUAUACGAGCUAAAGAAAAUGAAAGAGUCGGUGGCAAAACAAAAGGAGCACGAGCUUCGUCAAGUAUUGCGAGUCAAAGACGAAGAAAUGCGAACGUUGAAGCAGGAAUUGCAAGAAAGCAAGAACACUACAAGGAUUUUAGAAGUUGAAAAUAAACGAAUACUAAGUGAGCAAUCCCGUGGUGUUGACACAAAUGAUAACGAGAGACGUUGGAAGGGCGAAGUUAGUUCGCUACGAAACGAUAAGAAACGCUUGGAGGAGAGUUUGAGGAUUAAAUCCGAAGCUGAUUUCGAAAAGGCCGAGCUUAUACGAAAGCUUAAGCAAGAACACGACUUAGAAAUACGACGACUCACUAGGGAAUCAAAGCGAGAAUCCAUGAAAGAGUUUAGGCAAUUAAAAGCCGUUUCGAAAGAAGUCGAAUUAAAAAAUCAUCAACUCGCUGCGAAGGAGGCAGAGAUGAGACGUCUGGAAAGGGAGAGAAACAACUUGGGAAACGAGCUUAAUUUACAACGUAGAGACAGCCUGAAGAAAAGCAAUUCGUUCAAUUCACAGAAAGUGAAAGGAUUGUCAGCAUCCCAAAACUCAGAGUCAGAUAUUGACAAUGUCGCCGAGGAAAGGAUAAAGAAACUAAAAAUGAGGAAUUCUGAGCUCGUUGCCAUUGCAAGAAAGUUGGAAGAGAAAGCCAAACAUCUGCAAGAAGAAAAGGAUUUGUUGGAGAAAUCAAGCGGAAUGAAUAACUCCGAUGUGGGCAAUCUCAAGAAGGCGUUUGCACGACAGAGAGCCAAAGAUCUUGCUGAACGAGCCAAGCUCUUGAUGAAUAAGGAUAAUGAAAUAAACAAUUUGAAGAAAGAAGUCGAGGAAACACGUCACAAUGGCUUUAAUGAGAAUGGAAGUGCUGAUGAACUGGAAAAGAUUGUUGAACAAACGUCUAAAGAACGUCUUUUGCUUGAAAAACAAGUUUCUUCAAACGUCGAGAAUUUACGAGAAGAAAUAAAGGAUAUCAGCGCUCAAAACACAAGACUAGCAAAUGAUAACGAUAUUUUAAAAGAGGAAGUGUGUAAACUGCAAGAUUUUAAAUCAAAACACGACACAAUUUCAACUCGACUGAAAGAAGUCCAGGCACGCAAUGAGAAACUGGAAAAUGCGUGUUCGGAAAAGGACAAGUGGUUGUAUAAAUUGGAUUUAGAAAAGCAAGCGUUCACUGCAAAGAACAAUGCAUUACAGAAGAAAAACAACGAGUUGUUAUCCAAAGUUGACCAGCUUAACCAGGUUGAAAGAGAAUGCUCUCAUUUAAAAGAGAGUAUCCAGACAUUGGAAAACGAGAAUCUUGCGAUGAAAGAGGAGAAUGUGAAAUUAGGAAACGAAAUCAAAGACUUGUCCGAAGUUAAAAAGGAGGCAGAACAGUUAAAGCUAGAUAAUAUGGAUUUGGAAAAGCAAAGAGAAAAUGUUUCGUUGAAGCUCGAGGAAAGAGAUCAAGAAAUUUCAUCUCUUUAUGAGGCACAAGAAGUGGCUCAGAGAAAUCAUUCAGCAGAAGUGAGUGGUUUGGAAGACAUGGUGCGCCGAUUGAAGGAACAAAAAGCGAGGAGUAUUCGUGAAGAAAAGAUAGCCGAAUCUCGUCACACGACAAGUUCAGUGUUGACGUCGACACCAAAAGACAGCAAGAGUACCCAGACCUCUCGUCCGUCAUCCCCGGUCAUGUCACCAAUAAUACACAACGGAAUACAUGAGUUGCAACGAGACUCUCAAAAAGACGAAGACAUAAAGGGUACCGAUGAUGAUUCGGGUCAGGAACUCCUAAAUGUCCCGUACAACGGAACGAGUUCUUCGACUAGUUUCGAUUUGGAAAAAGCGGGAACACGAAUUCAGCAGUUGGCUGCUUCAGAUUCUGACGAGAUUGAUUCUAAUUUUGUGAAAACCCAGAAACAAUCGCCCGUGUCUUCGGAGAUCAGCGAGUCUUCGGAGCCGAGUGUCGAAGAUCAGGCGAGCGAGGAAGAUAAAAGUUACAGCGCGGAUGUGAGCCAAGCCAGUGAUGUUGAAGAACUUCGUGUCAAUAAGACAUUGCAAGAUGACGAGCAAGAAUCAGACUUUUACGAUCCCAGAGACGAUCCUGAUAUUUACAUCGGAAGUCCGCUUCAAAACUCUCCCGACUUGGAAGAAAAACUCUCCAUAUUCAUCGCUAAGUACAAUUACGAUCCAAUGCUAUAUUCUCCUAACGAGAACCCAGAAAUGGAGCUCGCUUUUCAAGCUGGAGAUUAUCUGUAUGUUUACGGAGAUGUCGAUGGGGAUGGUUUCUACGUGGGUGAGCUCAUGAACGGCGAACGCGGUCUUGUUCCUUCGAAUUUUGUUGAACAAAUCGCAGAGGAAGAGGCCAUUUUGAAAGAAAGCGAUGACUUAGAUGCUGAUUCUGAUAGCGAAGAAGACAGUUCAGAGGACGAAAUAACGUUAAAAGAUGAGGAUGGCGAGAAGAGAGUAAUACGACCGAAAGCAUUUUCGGAACGUCGUCAUGAGAUGUUUCGAUCAUCUCUUGAUCACGUGCUCACUGAACAACUCGAUGACAUCCGAGAGUCUGAGGAAGACGACCUGGGAACGAGUUACCUCUCCGAGGACGAGCUGGGAAACCGGAAAAACCAGAAAAACAAGAGCAAUAAACCGGAAGCGGAUCAGGUUUCUAGCGAUGGAUUGGAUUCGAUGGAUUCUGAUGUCCCAGAGCCACGCGUUCCAUCACCGACUAAACUCUCUCUGGAUCGUCAGUUUACGAACAGUGCAUUAAUAAGCUGGCGAGGAGCGCAACUGCCCAAUGAUGAAAUCCAGGGAUACAAUGUGUAUGUCGACGGGAAAUUCAAGACCCAGAUCAAAGGAAGCAAAAAGACGAACGUCGUUGUGGAAGAUAUCAAACCCACCGAGACAUAUCGGGUAUCGGUGCGAACGAAUUCGGUCAGCGGUGUUGAGUCACCUGAUACCGACGCUACAAUGGUUUUCGGUCCAGAUGCCACGUUGUCGCCUAGCAACCUCGAUGUAACCAAGAUCACAGCCACGUCAGGAGAGCUUCAAUGGUUACCAUCUCACAGUUGCUACCAACACGAGAUUUUCUUGAAUGAAACAUUACUGGAAAAUGUCAAAGCUGGUUGUUCAUCUUUUGCGAUGAACGAUCUUUCUCCUUCGACACAAUAUCACAUACGAGUGCGGACAGUAAUCCCUGACCAUCUUGAAAUGUCUGGGGGUAAACUCACAGAGAAAGAUUUAAGUGCUGAAGUGGAGUUCACAACGGCUGAUGGAGGAUUACCAGAGCCUCCUGUUGAUCUUCGACUUUCCCAGCGGACGUCAGAGAACGUGGUUCUAACUUGGUUACCAGUCACUCUUUCUCUCGAUGGCUACUCUAAUGGUUAUAAAGUGAGCGGUUAUAAGAUUUACGUAAAUGAUAUUUAUUGCACGGAGAUUGUUUCUGCCUGUGUGGACAGCAUAGCAAUACCAGUGGAAAAACUGAGAAAUCUCGGAAAACGACACGACUUUUCGCGCAUGCGCUUUGUUGUUAGAACGCUGUCCGUACUAGGCGAGUCUCUCGACUCGAAUGCUGUGGAAAUUUGGUCCGAAGAUCAUGAAAUAGAAGAUAGGACUUGUGGGAAGGUGGAAGGAGCUGUUUUAAGUAAUUCAGAUUUUCCUAAAAAUAUUGAUGAAGGCAAUUUAUUGAGUGAUGGCAAUGCUAUAGUCUCAAGUGAUUUGGCCAAUUCUUUGGAAGCGAACUCUACAGCAUUAAAAAGUAAAAACAAUUCUGAAUUGCCGAAAAACAGCGUUGGAGAAAGCUGGUCUGAUAAAGAAGGUACAAGGAACCAAGGCGCCUUUUCAAGUAAUGAAAGCGAUCAGGAAGACAGCGGCGACGGUCUUCACCAGGCCACGUCGAGUAAGGAUUCGACUUCGGAAAGUAGGACCAGUAGGAAAUCGAAUGUUUCCGAGGUUACCGAGUUGAAUUCAGGAAGUAAGGAUGACAACGAGAACGUGAAAGAUGGCGGACUGGGAAAAGAUACGACGAAUGCCGCCGAUGUUCCUCCGACGCUUGUCCGAAGACCACCAAUCGUCAACCGGUAUGACGUUGAAACGGAAAGUGAAAGUUAUAGCACGGAGUCUAAGACCAUGGACACGGAAGAUGAAUUGAUUGAAAGAUUUGAGCAUUUUGAGAUUUCGGGUAAAAACGAAGUCGACGUCGCUUAUAAAAACGACGAAGACUAUAAAAACAUGAACGAAUUACCCGAGUGUGAUACUCUCAGCGGUAACCAUCCAGAGACUAAAGAAAACACUUCGAAUACUGAACCAUGCGAAGGAGAAGAUAUCAGAAGAAGCGAUGGCAUUAAUACAGAUUCUUCACCACAGAGCAAUGGAAUUUCACAGAACAAUUUAGGUACAGAUCAUCGCUCCUCAGGGAGCGAGGCUGAUAGCGAAAAAAAGGAGGACAAGAAUCGCUCGAAAGAUUUUCAAGCAUUCAUUCAGAAUGCGGUGUCGGAUGAUAUGGGCAGUGGGGCAAAGGGGAGUGGUCCCACUCUGACUAUCGGACCACCGCAUUCUGAAAGCGAAACGGAUACAGAAUACGGGCCACCGUUAUCUGUCAUACACGAAGUUGAUGAAGAUAAUCUCACCGAAACAAACAGUCCCACCUCACAAGAUAAAACCAGUGAUGAUGAAGCCACUCUUUGUAAUAAACAACUAACCUCUCUCCCGGAUGACCAUUCUAGGAACUCGGAUAUUACUGGGAGUCGGAGCCGAACCCUUACGUCCGAUGACGAGGGUUUCCGAACUGAAGACGAUGUUUUGGAUCUCCUUGAUGGCGAGGAUGAUGCUAUGAUUGAUGAGCCUAAGGGUGACAAUACAACAUCUACGACAAAGAAAGGACAAAGUGCGAGUACAUCUAGGGUUGAUAAGGGUAAUUUUAGAACUACGAGUGAUAAUCGAAAUGACAUCGAUAAUAGGACAAUUGGUAGUAAUGAUAAACAAACCAUGGAUAAUGCUGGGAUUUUGAGGGAUAGAAGUGUUCAGGAAGAUAAAAUUGAUGGGGUUACCCAGGAAAAUGAGACAGACUUAGAUUCCGUAAAUCUCACGGAAAAGGCAAGCGGCAAUACACAGGUGAGAUCUGAUGAUAAUAGUUCUAAGGGUGAGGAAGUUACUGUCAACUGUCACAAUCAAGACAACACAGAACCUAAUUCCGAUGGAAAUAAGACAGAAGACGAAGAGUCGACUGAAAAUAUUAGCGAGUCAAGUUGUCCCACAAGAGCGUCUUUAAGAUCAGAUAGUUCUCUUUCUGAAGAACCUCCUGCAGCUGAAAACGCUUUAGAGGCCAUCAUAGCUACGCUAUCCUUUCCCGACAACUGCCGGGGCACGGUGCAGACUGGAAGCGAUGGUAACGAAAACAUUCCGAGUGGUUCCGAACGAACGUCCGAAGUCGUUUCCGCCGAGAACAGAUCCGACUCGGAAGGAAGCGAGGUUGCUUCGGAACAAGUUCGUUACUACAUCGCGUUGUAUAGAUAUGACCCGAUGACUAUGUCGCCGAAUGUGGACGGAGCUGACGAAGAAUUGCCAUUCAAUGAAGGAGACAUUAUCAGGGUGAUUGGCGAUGUGGACGAUGAUGGUUUUCUCUGGGGUGAAUGUAAACUCAAGCAAGGAUUGGUUCCAUCAAAUAUGGUCUCCGAAGUCGAUAUCAACGAAGCAGAAGACUUGUUUAACGAAGAUACCAAUGACGUCAGAUUGCAAAAUGAGCUGAAUUCACAUGACCAAGUCAAUGGGGAACUGGACGUCGAUAUUAUUUCGCAGAAUCUUGGAGAGACUGGAACUAGUGGUGACAGGUUGUCGUUUUGGGAGAAUUUGGAAAGUGAUGAUUUGGGACCAAGAAAGAUGAAAGCUCUGUAUGAUUAUGAUCCAUUGAGCGAUUCUCCUAACGUCGACAGUGAGGUUGAAUUGAAGUUCAAGUCCGGGGAAAUUAUUUUCGUUUUUGGUGAGAUCCACGACGACGGUUUCUUCGAUGGCGAAUUAAAUGGUAUUCGAGGUCUUGUUCCCUCAAAUUUCUUGAAGCCCGUUGAAGAGAUAAACCAUGUUGAAUUGCUUGCAAAUGAAAAAACCUCAGAUUCGAAGACAAAAUCACCCUCAAAUGCACAGGAACAGUCACUGAACAACCUCAACCAUAGUCCCACUGAAGAUGGCGGAAUUCCUCACAAGAAAAGGAAGAAUAUUUUCUCCAAGGGAAAGAAAAUGUUUAAGAAAGCUUUCAAGUAGAAAAAGUCACAGGAUACACUUCCGUUGGUAAAGUGUGCGCGUAUAAAUGAUGUAGUCAAUUGAAAGACACCAAAUUGCUGUUAGAGAAGGUUUAAAACGUAUAUUUUAAUCAAAGUAUAACCGGUGAGCGAAGUAACCUCGAUACUUUUUAAUGUGUUUUUUAACUAGUUGUUAUAUACUGCUUCUUACGUUCCCUGCAAAAAUCUAUAGCAAUUAUACUUAGAAAACAUAUAAAAACGUUCUGGAAACUGGAUUCAUCGCUAAGUAUAGCUAAUAUUUAUGGCAAAAAUACAAGUUGGUGGCAUAUAACAAUAUGGCAACUAAUAUUGAAUGUAUUCUUUAAAUUAUCAGAAUUUUACCCGUAGUAUAGACCUGUUUAAACCCAGCACGCCUUAUUCAAACCUCCGAGCCCUCGUUAAACUACAAAUCACUUUUAGCUUUCGUAUAUAUAUUUAAUGCCAGGUUUAAGUUAUGUAAAUAACAACUGUACAGAUAGUGUAUAAAGAAAUGCUAAUCUGACAACUUCGCCAUGUAAAUUACUUCAUAAACUGGCGUACUUCCAAAAUAUAUCAGCAAAUCGUUUAGCCAACGCCACUACGGUUAAAAAUAUGCGAUGUUCACCACGAUUUUUCAUCGAACUCAGUAUUUUCUUGUUUUUUUUAAAUUGUUCAAAAAAGAUUUGAUUUAAACAGUUA